GCUUGCAGCGUCAUCCUGAGGGGCCGGUUUGAAUGAGACCCCGAGGGAGGGAAACGAAGCUCGAGCCGCUUCUUGUUUUUCUUGUCUUGAGGCACCGCCGUUGCCGUCCCCUUUCUCUGCUCGUCGCUGGUCGGCCGUCAUGCCGCUUUACUCAGUUAAUGUGAAAUGGGGUAAAGAGAAAUUUGAUGGUGUGGAGCUGAAUACAGAUGAACCUCCCAUGGUAUUCAAAGCUCAGCUUUUUGCUUUGACUGGAGUUCAGCCAGACAGACAGAAAGUGAUGGUGAAAGGUGGCACUUUAAAGGAUGAUGACUGGGGCAACCUUAAAAUAAAACCUGGGAUGACCUUAUUAAUGAUGGGUUCUGCAGAUGCUCUACCUGAAGAACCAGUAGCCCGGCCUGUCUUCGUAGAAGAUAUGACAGAAGAACAGUUAGCCUCAGCAAUGGAAUUGCCAUGUGGUUUAACAAACCUUGGGAAUACUUGUUACAUGAAUGCAACAGUUCAGUGUAUUCGCUCUGUGCCAGAACUGAAAGAGUCCCUGAAGAGAUACGCUGGUGCCUUAAGAGCCUCGGGGGAAAUGGCCUCUGCUCAGUACAUUACUGCAGCUCUUAGAGAUUUAUUUGAUUCCAUGGACAAAACCUCCUCUAGUAUCCCUCCCAUCAUUCUCCUCCAGUUCUUACAUAUGGCCUUUCCCCAGUUUGCGGAGAAAGGGGAUCAAGGCCAGUAUCUCCAACAGGAUGCCAAUGAAUGCUGGGUACAGAUGAUGCGAGUGCUACAGCAGAAGCUAGAAGGGAUCGAAAGUGACACGGUUAUGGAAACUGAUUCUGGAGCUUCAGGAGCGGCAGCAUCACCACCCAAAACGAAGAGCUUCAUUGAUCAGUUUUUCAGUAUUGAAUUUGAAACUGCCAUGAAAUGCACAGAAUCAGAAGAGGAAGAAGUAACAAAAGGAAAAGAGAAUCUACUCCAGCUUAGUUGCUUUAUCAAUCAAGAAGUUAAAUAUCUUUUCACGGGUCUUAAACUGCGGCUUCAAGAAGAAAUUACCAAACUCUCUCCUACAUUACAAAGGAAUGCCCUUUACAUAAAAUCUUCCAAGAUAAGUCGCUUGCCUGCCUAUCUGACUAUUCAGAUGGUUCGUUUCUUUUACAAAGAGAAGGAAUCAGUGAAUGCCAAAGUUCUCAAGGAUGUUAAAUUUCCACUUAUGUUGGAUGUAUAUGAACUGUGUACACCAGAACUUCAAGAAAAGAUGGUCUCAUACCGGUCAAAAUUUAAAGACCUAGAGGACAAAAAAGUAAACCAGCAGACAAAAAAUUCUAGUAAAGGUGAUGGUGCACCGAAGGAAGUUAAAUAUGAGCCAUUUUCCUUUCAUGAUGAUAUAGGCUCUAAUAACUGUGGCUAUUAUGACCUCCAAGCAGUGUUAACACAUCAGGGAAGAUCUAGCUCUUCUGGACACUACGUAUCUUGGGUUAAAAGAAAACAAGAUGAAUGGAUUAAAUUUGAUGAUGACAAAGUCAGCAUUGUUACACCUGAAGAUAUUUUGAGGCUUUCGGGUGGUGGAGACUGGCAUAUAGCUUACGUUCUACUUUAUGGGCCACGCAGAAUUCAAAUAAUUGAAGAUGAAGAUGAACAAUAGACUUCAUUUCUACUCAUUUCUGCCUAGGUGUGAAAUAAAUUUCUUGACUCCAAUCUCUCAUUUGGAGCAGCAAAGAGGUGAAAGUCUGUCUGGAACUGAUCUCUGCCCUAACGCCAGGGCAGCCACUCAGUAUUUGAUAUUAAUUUUUUAGUUACUAUUUGCAAAAACCAUUUUUUUAAACUAUUGGUGAAAUUCAAAUCGGCCUUUCCCCCUACUUCUGUAACAUUAUCUGCAAGAUAUUUAUUGCACACCUACUAAUGCAUCAUUUGUUGUUAACUCUUGCAUGGUUUCUACUGGUUCAGUAGCUGUCCAUCCUCUCUUAUUGUGUCUGACAGUUUUGUCAGAAUGGUGAAAACUCAAUUGUUGCCCAAACAUGUAACUCAGCGCUGCUGCCCAUACCCC